CGAGAGUCACUUAACAGCUGAAAUUACGCUUUUUUUUACGGAACAUAUGUGUUGGCCGUCGGCAGAUGUGCAUAUAUUCCAGAACCUGUCAGAGGGUGAAAAUAUGUUCUAUACACCUUCGUUCGAAUCUACAACCUGCCUAGUUUUCUCGAGUUUGCUGUUCUCGAGCUCCAGUUAUGCAUUCGGGUUACAAUGGACCUUUGACCCAUACACAAUCUACUAUCUCUGUCACCUUAUUUUGGGAUUCCAUACCUCCACCCUUGAAAAUCUCAGGUGACAGUCCUGCUGCUCUGCAUCAUUUACGGUUCGAUACAGCUUCUUCAACCUCAACUACAGUUGCAGGUCAGACAUCUACGCCUCACUUACGUUCCGGCUGGCUGCACAUCAGGAAACUGAAGCGAUACUGCGGUCCAAUUGAACUGUGCUUCACUGUUCUGUACAACGUCCUAGCCGUCUGUCCUGGGAGGUUAUUAGUGUCCCAUCCUUUUCGGUGAUGGUUUUAAUCACCAUUGUCUUCUUGCCAGCAUCUUUAAUAUGCUUAAAUAGUUGCAGGGAAUUACUAAAUGCUCAUGCCUCUUUCAUCUGUCUAGCUUUCGUCACGCACUACUGCCAGCGAUAGAUGCGAAGAC